AGGAGGGCUUCGUGUAUGGACAUCAAGCGUUGGAGGUAGCAGACUUUUCAGCAGAAGAAAAGAUGAAAAGGAAUAUGCUUUGAAGCAAAUUGAAGGCACAGGAAUAUCCAUGUCGGCUUGUAGAGAGAUUGCACUUUUGCGAGAACUGAAGCACCCGAAUGUGAUCGCCUUGCAGAAGGUGUUCCUUUCUCACAGCGACAGGAAGGUGUGGCUGCUGUUUGACUAUGCAGAGCACGAUUUGUGGCAUAUUAUUAAGUUUCACCGCGCGUCCAAAGCAAAUAAGAAGCCCAUGCAAUUGCCAAGAUCCAUGGUUAAAUCAUUGCUGUAUCAGAUUCUGGAUGGUAUCCAUUACCUCCAUGCAAACUGGGUACUUCACAGAGACCUGAAACCAGCAAAUAUCCUAGUAAUGGGAGAAGGUCCUGAGAGGGGGAGAGUCAAAAUAGCUGACAUGGGUUUUGCCAGAUUAUUCAAUUCGCCUCUGAAGCCGCUAGCAGAUUUGGAUCCAGUAGUGGUGACAUUUUGGUAUCGGGCUCCAGAACUUUUGCUAGGUGCCAGGCACUAUACAAAAGCCAUUGAUAUAUGGGCAAUCGGCUGCAUAUUUGCCGAAUUGCUAACUUCAGAACCUAUUUUUCACUGUCGUCAGGAAGAUAUAAAAACAAGCAAUCCUUUUCAUCAUGAUCAACUAGAUCGAAUAUUUAGUGUCAUGGGAUUUCCUGCAGAUAAAGAUUGGGAAGAUAUUAGAAAGAUGCCAGAAUACCCCACACUUCAAAAAGAUUUUAGAAGAACAACGUAUGCCAACAGUAGCCUCAUCAAGUACAUGGAGAAGCACAAGGUCAAGCCGGACAGCAAAGUCUUCCUCUUGCUUCAGAGACUCCUUACGAUGGAUCCAACCAAGAGAAUUACCUCCGAGCAGGCUCUGCAGGAUCCCUACUUUCAGGAGGACCCCUUGCCGACACUGGAUGUGUUUGCUGGCUGCCAGAUUCCUUACCCCAAACGAGAGUUCCUUAACGAAGAUGAACCCGAAGAGAAAGGUGACAAGAAUCAGCAGCAGCAGCAGAACCAGCAUCCGCAGCCCACGGCACCCCCACAACCAGCAGCUGCCCCCCCACAGGCACCACCCCAGCCCCAGAAUAGCACCCAGACCAAUGGGACAGCAGGGGGUGCGGGGCCUGGGCCUGGGGGCGGUGGAGCGGGUCUGCAGCAUGGCCAGGACUCCGGCCUCAACCAGGUGCCUCCCAACAAGAAACCACGGCUUGGGCCUUCAGGCGCAAACUCAGGUGGCCCCGUUAUGCCGGCAGAUUAUCAGCACUCGUCUUCACGUCUGAAUUACCAAAGCAGCGUCCAGGGAUCCUCCCAGUCUCAGAGCACCCUGGGCGGCUACUCCUCGUCCCAGCAGAGCGCGCAGUACCACCCAUCUCACCAGGCGCACCGGUACUGAGCAGUAUGGCUGGCACAGGCGCGUCCCCUGAGCCCGCCCCGCCCAGCCACCCGGUGCGGUCCCUGCACGGACUCAGCAAUACACUGAUUGUGUCGACAAGAACCAAAAAUGCAGACCCUGCUUCCGGUUGAAAACUCUCCCCUUAGGGGGAGAACCUGAGCAUCUUGCAGGUCUCCCCACUUCUCUAUCAGCUUAAGGAAGCUCCCGUAAAGUUUCCCGAGCCCCUUCCCCUGCACGUGUUCGAUGGUCAUCUCCGAUUGAACGUCUGAUCUAAUCCCAGCACUUCCCACCUUCAGCAGUGUUUGGAAGGAUUUCCUGGUGCACCUUUCUCAUGCUGUGGCAAGCAGUAUGACUUACCUUUUGAAGCUCUUUUAAUAGCAUUUUAAUGUUUUAGGAACAGGAUUCCAGUGGUGUAUAGUUUUAUAUGACUCCAAGUGUUUUAGCGACACACGUAAAAAUGCACCUUUGAAAGCACUACGACGUCUCUACGGGAUAUCACUGUUGUGCUCAUGGAAGUCUGAAACAACAACUGGUCCUGUCCCAAAGUACUUUGCGAUUGUGUGCUUAUUUAUCUAGUUUCAGGGAAGGUCUACUGAAAGACAGGCGGUGGGACCAAGAACCUCCAACCCAAAGCCUAGAUCUUUGCAGUUACUAGCUGUACGCGAUGAAGAACUGAAGCCUGUGGUCAUGCGUAUGACCAUCCAUCUGCAACGCCGUUCCGAGAAUCAUCCUCGGGUCCAGAAAAGUAGAGUACUUAAGAAUGAUCAUGUGUGACCUUCAUACAGCUGAGUCUACCUUAAAGAGGGGUUUGAGAGCUUUGAGGAAAUGCUGUCCUCUGGCAACGUUGCCAGAAAGCUACAAGUGAUGCUGACCUACGCUCGGGUUUCUCUAAGAAGGAGCCAUGUCCAGGAGAGGGCCAGCUGCCCCCCUCGCAGGCAGGAAAAAGCUGCGCGUGUGUAUUGUGUGUGCAUACCGUCGGCCUCUCUGAAGAAUUGCCCUCUUCCUCACCUCGGCGUCAGCUGUAAAUCAUCAAGGGUGCACAAACCGAAGCCUGCAAAUUAAUCUGCUUUUGGAAUCAAGAGGCAGUGUUAAUCCAUUCAUGUUUGCAUUAGACACAGACUAGUUUUAAAGCAUGUUAAAAUUUUAGGUUUCAUUCAUGUUUAUAAAGCGUGUAUUACGUAUGCAUAACUUUGCUGUCUUUACUGAAACUUAAUUCUAUCAAGAACUUUUUCAUUGCACUGAAUGCUUUCUUUUGCCCUUAGAGGAAAUGUAAUAACUGUGCCUGAAAGCUGUGGGCAGGUAGGCUAAGGCUAUCAAUGAAAACAGAUAUUUGCAUUUCAGCCAUCUGUGAAUCCGAGGCUGAGCUCCUGCGUAGCCAGCCUAGGGAGGCUCUUACUCGCCAGAGUCAGAAUGUACUGGAAAGAGGUAGCGCUCCCAUUGCAAUGCCACAGCUAAGCAACCGGUAUUCUUCUGAAUGCUACUAGCAGCACCAGCCUUGUUUCAAACAUUGCUUUUUUUUCCCCUCCCUCUUUCUUGAGCUAGAAGAAAUAGCUGAUGUAUAUGCAAAUUACAUGCAUUUUUUUUACUAUUCUUUGUGAACUUAUCUACCUGGUUAUAAUACUUUGGGUCCAUACACAAGUGGAAUAGGAGUUUACUCAGAAGCCAGUAUACAUUUUGCACUAUUGAUGUGAUACCGUAGCCAGCAAGGACCUUACUGAUCUCCACGUAAUGAUGCUUAUUGAUCGUAAAGUGGCACUCUUCAAGACUGUGGAUCAGACAGCUGACUUGCUCCACUGGAAGGAAGUUCUGAUCGUCUCCAUGGUAGUUUAUCCCUUCUGUUUCUUAAAAUAAGAAACUGGUACCCCAACUUCUGCCCUGUGCCAGGAAGCCUUACUGCCCCAAGCUGUGGGUCAGCACAGACUUCUUUCUGCCCCUCUCCACAUGCCUGGCACAAGGCUGGUGGAGGGCGUCAUGCAAGGGUGAGGCAUGCUUCCAGUUUGAGGAGGAUAAGUGAGGCUACCUUGAGGUGUUUAUGCCAUGAGAUUGGCUCAUCUGUGAAGUUAUUGUCUGAUAUGAAGGUUCUUUGAUUUACUUCUAACCCUGCUUGGAGGGAAUUAUUAUUCCAAAGUCUGCACUAUAGUGAAUUGUGUUAGGGAGAGAUUUCUAUUGUCCACCCACCUUAAAGAAAGAGGCUAAAUACCACAAAAUACAUUGGUGUAUAUUUUAAAUGUCCAAUCAGGCGGUCCUCAAGGCAGAACACUCCACUGAGUGCUGUAGGAAAUGCCAUACAGUGAAAAUAGAAGCUCUUGCUUCUGCCCUCAGGGGAAAAAGGCAUUCAGUAAAAGAAGACAAACCCAAAUGUGUGCAUGAAUUAAAUGCCAUGCCUCCUUAGUCCUUUGUAAGCAACUUUGAUCUGUGGUUCCUGUACUCUGUGCUUAUACACUCAGAACCACCCUCCUAUGGAUACAGAAUGACUAUGGGCAGGAGGGACGUGCACCACUUUCUCUCAUACACAGUGUCUGUCUUCCAGGAUGUAGCCAAUAAAUGGGUCUCUGGUCACCGGGCUGGUGGUGGCUCUCCCUCCUCAGGGUUGGUGAUACCCAUAGUGCCCAUUAUGCUCUCGGAUAAUUUUGGCUUGACCUUUCCUUUUCCCUAUAACGAGGAACAAAACCUUUAGCACUCAUAAGGGCCCUGAAACUGUUGGACCACUGAAGAGACCGGUGAAACUUUAAGGUUAAAAUGGACUCUUGUGGACCCCAAAUGAUCCUGUUCCUCUCAGAAAGCUCAUUAGAUGCAGUCAUGUCCCCCCGAAGGCAGUGGGCGGUCACCCUUCAAUGGAGAACACAUCUCUCAGCUCGUGGGGACACCCAAGCCAGAAGCCAUUUAAAGGAAGGACAGCCCAAGUGAAGGCUUUCUUCCUUCCAGAGGACAACUCCAUAUUACAAUUGGCUUUCUGGCGAGAUGUGUUUGGAAACAGGCACACAAGAGCCUUGAGGCAGAUGAGCCAAAGGCUGAGGUCGUCUGGGCAGCAGGGCCGGGUGGUGAGGCAGAUCAUGUAGUAGCUAACACCUGGAAACAAGGACCUGGCUAUGUUGAUGUGUGUGGUUUUGAAACUAGUGUUUAGAGCAUUGGCCUUCAGCACAGCUCGUGGUAACCAAAAAAAAAAAAAAAAUCAUUUACUCUUUAAGAAUGGAAGGGAUGACAUGUACUCCAUAUUGGCCCGUGGCUGGCCCCUGGUGGAGGACAACUGCUAGCCCUCUGCCUGGGCACCCAAGGGGUGGUCUCUGCUGCAGGGAGAGCUGCAGCCCAAGAGUCAGGCUAGAAUUUGAUUCGCAUUGGGCAAAUGUAUGUAGCAGAAACUCGGCAAUGAAGGAAGAAUUUUAUAGAAAUUGCAAAUCGAAAACUGUAAUGCUGUCUUCCUUGGGACCGUAGGAGACCGUGAAAUGGCAGUUAGACUGAAGGAGGCUAGAAGGUCUCAAGUAUGAGCGAUAUUUUAUAUGAAACAGCAGUAUAGGUCCUCAUUGUCUUGGAGAAGAGUCACACGUAUCAUAAAGCAAAGAUCAUUGUUUUAGGAUUUUUAAAUGUCUUGUACCUAAGGCCAUACUUACUCUUCUAUGCUAUCACUGCAAAGGAGUGAUAUGUAUGUAUUAUAUGAAAAAAAAAUCCUUAAUGCACUGCUAUCUCCUAAAUAUUUAGUAAGUUAAUACUAUUUAAUAUUUUUAAAGACUUGUCUGUGUAGACACUAAAAGUAUUACACAAAAGCUGGACUGAAGAUGUCCUUUUUAACAGCAAUUUAAAGUACUUUUUAUAUAUGUUAAGUAGUAUAUCCUUUCUAAACUGCCCGAGUUUGUACCUCCCAUAAUUCCUGUUGUGAAAUGUCCCUGCCCUGGCCGCCUCCUCUCUGUAAUUGUAUGCAUGCACCCCCUUCGUAGAACGCUCUAGCUGACUGACUGUGUGCCUCGCCCGGGAGGCCCUGUCCCCGGGGCGUCCCCGAGACGCCCUGUGCAGCCGCUGCCCCCACUGCUGGGUUGUCCCGACACCCUUGAGAUGACUGUUAAAAACUAAAAUAAAUUACAUUGCAUUUAUUUUAUAUUCUUGGUUGUAAUAAAAUUUAAUGGACUUUG